AUGAGACUUGAAGGAAAGAUAGCGAUUGUCACCGGUGCCUCCCGCGGAAUAGGUGCCGGUAUUGCCUAUGAACUAGCAAAGCAAGGAGCAAAAGUAGCUCUGACUUAUACGUCUGCAAGCAGCGAGAGUCUAGUGGAUGAGCUUUGUUCUAAGAUCAGCAGCCUCAAUAAUGGCUCCGUUGCUGCAAAAGUCAAGGCCGACCUUCGAGAAGCAGAAGCGCCAGGACAGAUUAUUGCAGCGACACUCCACGCAUUUCCCACGACACACAGAAAGAUUGACAUUCUUGUGAACAAUGCUGGUGUUCCUAUGUGCAAAGACCUAACCGAUACCUCACGACAGGACAUUUCUGCCGUCUUCGAUGUAAACGUAUACGGCACAAUUCUCAUGACGAAAGCGAUGAUCCCACAUCUGCGUGCUCCUGGCCGCAUUAUUAACAUUGGUUCAACCGCCGCUCGCCUCACCACAAGUGGUUUCUCUGUGUAUUCUGCUUCGAAGGCUGCUAUUGAAGGAUUUACUAGAUCGCUUGCUUAUGAGCUGGGGUCGUGGGGUCAUACAGUCAAUGUUAUUGAGCCAGGAGCAGUGGAAACCGACAUGUUCCGGGAGAUUCCAAAGGAUAUAGUGACAUAUAUCAAACAGAGUACGCCGUUGGGGAAUCGGGUGGGUAUGCCAGAGGAUAUAGCGGGGGUAGUGGCUUUCCUGGCCGAGGAGAGGUCAGGUUGGGUGACGGGUCAGUGCAUCUCAGUUAGUGGGGGGUUAACUAUGAAUUGA